AUGAGAAGCAGAGAACCAGAAAUCAAUGAACUAAAACUGGAGUGUCAGAAAUUAGGCUUAACUGGUGGACAAAACAGUGAAAGGAUUGAUACUCCACUCAUCGACUGCAUGGGGCCCUUAAAACAAGAUUUGGGCUUUUCACAUGAUCCUGACCUCAAGUGCACUGCACAGCACCUGCCCAGUGAGACGAGACAGCCUGUCCAGCCCAGCGUGAGACGGACCAGUGACUGUGAGGGACCUGACCAACCAGAUGAUGUCCCUGACCAGGGAGCUGCAAAUGUUUCAACGCUUCCCCUAUCAUCGCCGUCCCAGAGGCUAGCGCAGAUAAGAAGGCAAAAAAAUAACUGCACUCGCGAUGAAAUGUUCUCUGAGCUCAUGAAGUCCUCCUGCACUGAAAGAGCUCAGCAGAAUGCGUGGAGGCAGACAAUUACAGAGCCCAGGAAAGCAGAAAAUGAACAUGAGGAGAAGCGGCGGGAGCAAGAUGAUAGGUGGCGGCAGCAUGAUGAGAGGAGGCAGGAGGCACUGCUGAGGGUACUGGAGGAUCAAACUGAUACGCUCCGGCAUAUGGUGGACCUAGAGGAAAGGCAGCAUGAGCACAGACCACCGCUGCGUAACCGCCCGCCCGCCCCCGCAAGUUCCAUAGCCUCCUCAUCCAGAUGCCCAAGAAUGCGGGGGGGCGUGCUCCGGACACCCUACCACUCCACCCCAGAGGACUGCCCAAGCAACAAAAGGCUGGCAUUUAAUACGUUUUGAAGUGCAGUGUGGCCUGGUUCUUGU